AUGAAGCAGUACGACAAAAUUUUAUUUCUAUUAAUUUUAAUGGAAAUAUUCCCAGCGCCCCAAGCUGUCUGGAAGAAACCCUUUAUUGUGGUUAUAGAUCGUGUCGUUUGCUCCAAGUACCUCAACACCCUUCUAUAUUUCGAGUGCUAUUUAAAGAAAUUAACCAAAGGGAAAAGUGCGGUGGGAACUUCAUUAAUGUUGCGUAAUGACUUAAAUGUGAAUGCCGAAAUCCAGGGUGCAAUUUUUUUCUCCAUCAAAGGUGGUAAAUGGGUGAAAUUUGUAGACUAUAAGACAAACAUCUGUAAUUUUCUACAAAAUCUGCUAUCUCUACCUUUGGCCAAUUUAGUUAGGAAUGAAAUUCUGAAGAAAAGUAAUUUCCCCUGCACCUGUCCCGUCAAGGGGAACAUCGUAUACAACAUUACCGACUUUAUUAUAAGCAAUGUCUUUCUACCCCCCUACAUGCCAAGGGAGAUGAACUUUAAUGGCUCCCUAACCUACUUUGAAAACAAAAACAUCAUUGGUGUAGCUUGGCUUGAAGGACGCACUAUGCCGAGAAAUUAG